CAAAAAGCGAUGAAUGUCAUUAUUAAAUAGUCACACGUCAAUAUUAUUUAUAAAAGUAAAUAUCUGAAGCGUAGAUAUUUUUAGGAGGUGUAGUAUGUACAUAUCUGAAGCGUAAAUAUCUGAAACUGAAGCAUAUUACUGAUUUUAUAUAGACCUCUACUACGAGCCUGUUGAGAGUUCAUACUUUACAAGGACUCGUUUCCCUGCUGCAAAUAUGAAUUCUGAAGCUAGUAGCGUCUUGAACCGAGAUGUCGACCUGGUGGUGAAGACCACAGACGGCAAAUGUAGUGACUUGAAUCUGAAAUGUCCAUUGGACACAACCGUUGUCCAGGUAAUGCAUCUGAUCAAAGACCAUCAUCCAUACAAGCCCGACGUGUCACAACAGCGGCUGAUCUACCUUGGUAGGCUAUGGGUGAAUAGCAUGUCCUUGCGAGCCUCUCUCAGAGAGCCUGACGUCGAUAAGAUUCAGACCGUGCAUCUGCUGGUCAAAGACUCUCCCAACCCUCGUAGCUCGACAUCCGGGAUAGUAAAAGCAACAACAUCGACACUUGCACGGGCAGCGCCAGCACAAACUACCGCACACAACGCUGAAAGAAUACCGGACAGUCACAGCCAGGUUGGGGACCAGAGGGUGUCUGGUAGGAGUGUUGAGGCUGCUAGUUUUGCAAACGAAACUGCAAGUAUCGAGAGCACAACAACUGACAUCGAGAACGAGAACAAAGUACUCAAAGAGCGAUUACGACAGAUGGAAGCCAGGAUGAACAGCGAUCCUGUGAUCAAUGCAAACGUAAGCAACGAAGAGACGAUGCGACUGUGGAAGGUCUACUACAGCUACGUGCUCCAACACUAUCACACACAAACACAACUCUAUCCACACAUACCCAUUCACGCACAAACACCAUCACAGCCCCACACACAUCCGCACGCAAGCCCGACGUACGUACCUAUGAGCUGGCCCGAAUACUACCAUCAGCAACUACACACUGCCUCGCGCACUCCGGAUAUGAAUGCGCCUGUGAGCAGCAGUGCAAAUAAUCCACACACGCCACAGUCACAGGCUCAGUCCGAACAGUCUCCAGUCGCCAAUGCACAUAUACCUGAGGCUGCACCAGCAGUUGACGAGUACGAUGACGGUGAUGAGGACAUCGCCGCUCAACAGGCGGCAGUGCAAAAUUACAACCGCACAUUCCUAGGCCAAGUGGGUAUAUUCCUGAAACUUUGUUUACUGAUGUACGUCUUCGGCCGGGAGGCUACCACCAAGAAGCAGAUCAUGCUGACGAUUUCCGCAUUUAUAGUCUUUCUAUAUCAAACGGGGAGGUUAGACUUCAUCAUCACCACAUUCCGACCGCCUCCUCCAGCCGUUCCCACCACUACAGCACCUGCACCUGCACCCGAACCCGCAUCUGCUAGCGAUGAUCACACCGAAGGCAAUACAGACGGGGCUUCUUCGUCAAGUUCUACCGACAGCAGUAGUAGCGGCGGUGAUAGUAGUGAAAAGGGAAAGGCGAAGUCAGAAAGAGCUACAUCUACUCAACAUCCGCUCAGCCGACAAAACUCGCCGACUGUACAGACUUCAGAGCUCUCAACAGGUAGGGCAGAAGAUAUUCUUGCUGGCAGCGAUACUCCAGAUAGCACACAGACUGAGGCUGCAGCCGUAGUAGAACCUCGACCGUCGCUACUGCACGAGAUCGAAACGUUUCUCUUCAAUUUCGUAUCGUCUCUAUUACCGUCCGCACAAGCGGAUGGGAAUGCCAUCCCGCCCGAGGUGGAAGAUAAUGGGCCAGCUGGCAAUAUAUUUGGUUAGUGACAGUUGACACUAGAAUGAAGAAAACUAUACAAAAUCUAGUAAAUCACUUCAAGGAAUCAAUAAAGGGGCAGCUACUUCCCACUCGUUACCGUU